AGGACAAUUUCCCGGGUCGAGGAGCGUAACAAUACAAGGACACCGCAGAGCUCUCCCCUAUAAAUAUACGGAGAAGGGGAAAGAGAGAGAAUGGCAGCUUCAGCAGUAGAAGAGAUUGCCAUUGCGACGACGAAGGGGAAGAUGGUGAAGCAAGGAGAAGGGCUGAGGCAGUAUUACCUUCAAAACAUUCACGAUCUACAGCUCCAAGUCCGCCAAAAGACUCAUAAUCUCAAUCGCCUGGAAGCCCAGCGCAAUGAUCUCAACUCCAAAGUGAGGAUGCUCAGAGAGGAACUGCAGCUGCUUCAGGAGCCUGGAUCGUACGUUGGGGAAGUGGUGAAAGUUAUGGGGAAGUCAAAGGUUUUGGUCAAGGUCCAUCCAGAAGGCAAGUAUGUUGUCGAUAUCGACAAGAACAUAGAUAUAACAAAGAUCACACCGUCCACUAGAGUUGCUCUUCGCAACGAUAGCUAUGUGCUUCACUUGAUCUUGCCCAGCAAAGUAGAUCCCCUGGUGAAUCUCAUGAAGGUUGAAAAGGUUCCUGAUUCAACAUAUGACAUGAUUGGUGGUCUUGACCAGCAAAUCAAAGAGAUAAAAGAGGUUAUUGAGCUUCCAAUCAAGCACCCUGAAUUGUUUGAGAGUCUUGGAAUAGCUCAGCCAAAGGGAGUCUUGCUUUAUGGGCCACCUGGUACGGGGAAAACACUGCUAGCAAGAGCAGUGGCUCACCAUACCGAUUGCACGUUUAUUAGGGUUUCCGGUUCCGAGUUGGUUCAGAAAUACAUUGGAGAGGGCUCUAGAAUGGUUCGAGAACUCUUUGUAAUGGCCAGGGAACAUGCCCCUUCAAUCAUCUUCAUGGAUGAGAUUGACAGUAUUGGAUCUGCUCGUAUGGAAUCGGGGACUGGCAAUGGUGAUAGUGAAGUUCAGCGCACUAUGCUUGAGCUUCUCAAUCAACUUGAUGGAUUUGAAGCAUCCAACAAGAUCAAAGUUUUGAUGGCUACCAACCGUAUAGAUAUUCUAGAUCAAGCCCUCCUCAGACCUGGCCGGAUUGAUAGGAAGAUUGAAUUCCCAAAUCCCAACGAAGAGUCCCGCUUCGAUAUCUUGAAAAUACACUCGAGGAGGAUGAACUUGAUGCGUGGGAUUGAUCUGAAGAAGAUCGCAGAGAAGAUGAAUGGUGCAUCUGGUGCAGAACUCAAGGCUGUUUGCACGGAGGCAGGGAUGUUUGCUCUGAGGGAGAGGAGGGUUCAUGUAACACAGGAGGAUUUCGAGAUGGCAGUGGCAAAGGUGAUGAAGAAGGAGAAUGAGAAGAACAUGUCCCUGCGGAAGCUGUGGAAGUAGAUGAUACAUUUGCCUCUUAUGUUUCCAUCUGGACUUGCAAAUGUUAUCAGUUCCAUUUGUUUCUGUAUUUAAAAAAGUUCUUUGCUAAAGGAAGGGCCCAUAAUCAUAUUGGUCCCCCUCCCUUGGGUUUCUUA